UCGCACUUUGCGCUUGUCCUGACUUUUUAUUUAUUUGCUCUUUUCACUUGAACGACUACCCUGUACAUUUGGCCACUCUAUAUGGCGCCCGGACGCAAACCACACAGCAGCAAUGCACGCACAGCAACACCAGAAAAGAACAGCAGUCCCACGAGUCUACACAUUCCAACACCGCUGCUGUACUCGACCACCAUGAGCAAGCAGGUCGGGUGCAACGUAUGGCUCAAGCUGGAGAACCUGCAGCCAACGCAGUCGUUCAAGAUAAGAGGGAUUGGCAAUUACUGCGCAAAAGCGGUUUUGGAGCGCAACAUCCAGCAUUUGGUGACGGUUGGCGACACAAACGCAGCCCUGGCAGUGGCCUUCAGCAGCCGACAGCUCGACGUGCCAUGCACGAUAUUUGUGCCCGUCGGCAUGGCGGCGUCCUCCAUGCGCACCAAGAUUGAGAUCGAAGGAGCGCAGAUUGUCGAGCGCGGGGCGACGGUGCGGGAGGCAUACGAGGCCGGCUUGGCGUUUGUAUCGGAGACUUCGAAUGCGCAUAUGGUGGAGUCCUCCGACGACGACGACGUGGUUGCUGGGUAUGCGACGAUGGCUGCGGAGAUCAGCGUGCAGCUGCACCACAAGGACCCAGCAGCGGUGGUGUGCGCGGUGGGCAGCGGCGGGCUGCUUGCGGGCCUAAUUACAGGUAUGCAGCGGUGCCGAUGGAGGAGCGUGCCGAUUAUUGCCGUAGAGACACACAAUACGAAUUCGUUCCAGCAGGCGCUAUUGUCGGGAGCGAGCGAUACGCCAACAACAGGAAGGAGGCCGAGGCGGACAGGCGGGAAAUCGGCGCUGCAGCUGGGGCCAAAAAUACCGUCGCUGUUUCCGCCUAUGGAUGGAGACGCGCUGCUAGAGAACGAAGCGAGGAGGGGCUCGCUGCCCAGGCUGACGAGGAGUAGCAGCAACACUGAUCGGGCGUCAGAGCCAACAGUAGCCACGUGUCUGCAGGCGAGCGCGAUCAGCUCGGUGGCGCUGGAGCUGGCGGGCACACACCCGGUGGUGCCGAUCUCGGCGUGUCUGCGGCUGGUAGACGAGCACCAGAUGCUCGUGGAGGUGGGCAGUGCGGCAGCACUGAGUGUGGUCGGCAAGUCUCUGGUGCACCAGAUUGUGCCUGAUCUUGAUGCCCACAGCCAUAUCGUGGUAGUGGUGUCGGGCGGUGCCAACAUUUCGUUUGAAAAGCUGGAGGCGUGCCGCCAGCGGUUCCCAUUCCCGGCACCAAUUAUUGCAAAGUCGGGCCAGGAGAUAUUUAUGCGCAUGUCAGACUCCAAUAGCACGCCAACAAGUAUUCCAGCGGUGCGGCAGACGAGUGCAAUUAGCACAAGCACGACGGCGGCUGCGGCGACGCUGGCAUAG